AUGCUGCACCCUGCCAGCCUUGGUCAUGGAGUCGGGAUACUGCGCCGUACAGGAACGGGCCAGGAACUUCACCCACAGACGGAGAUUCCCAGGCAAAGGCCCAGGAACGAGUCCAUAACCACUCAACCAAACCUGAUCCGGCAAUUCAUUCGUACCGUUCAGGAGCGACCUGACUUGGCCUCACACGUUGAUGCCAUGCAAAUUGCAUGCUGGGAGCCAGACGACGCUUAUCCCCUGAGAUCCUCGACCCCUGAGAUCCCCUCGAGCCCCGACAGUCUUUCGGACUCAGAUCUGGCCCCCGAAGUGUGGUCAGCAGCCAGCAGACUUUACGCUGCGAAUGCAUUGAGGCCACUGCCACUGGACAGUAGCAAGCCGGAAGGCGUGGUGCGAGACUUGGUAACGGCCAUUCAGUCCUGUCCCCGUUUGCGAAGCCUCCUCGUCAGUUAUAGUGAUGAUGAGCCGCUAUGGCCCGAUGGAGGUUGGCUGAAGCUGAAAAUGCCCUCAAUAUGUCGUCUGGGUGUGAUAGUCGGCAUAGCAAGGCAGAGCGCACUCUAUCUAAACUUUGUCAAACUGCAGACCAUGACCCCAAACGUCGAAGCCAUUCAUGCUAGCACAGGAGGCUAUUGGCUGAUCCCGCGUGACUCGCUCAAGCGGGAUGGACCUAUCAACUUCUUGCCAAAGUUGAAGAGACUUUCACUCGCGGGUAUGCGCGAACCUCAGUUGGAGGAGCUGGUUUUGAGUCUGCCUGGCCUCGAGCAUCUUGAGAUCACAAACCUCUCGAACAAUUGCAUGUGGCGAAAGGCGCUCAAGCCGGUGCAAAACGGACUCAAGAGUCUUCACGUCUCCUACUGCCUUCAACCGCACCAAGGCAUGGAGUUUUGGGAUGUCAAGUUCCGCCACAGUGAACGGUUCCGAUUUUACGGUGCGCUAGAGGAGCUGUCCCUCGACAGCCGCUUGAUCCGGGACAUCGUUGGGGUGUGUGAGUACGCGCUGCCCGGUCACGAGUCCAAGACUGCGGAAAUGGAGGACCCGAUGCGCCAGCUCUUUGAGGCAGUCGGCAUCGAAUUUUUGUGGACGAAAGAUUUGGUCUCGGAACAGCUCCGACCUGGCAGCUUCCUCUGGUCAGGCAUGAAGUUAACCUCGGACAUACCUCUUCCCGUCGCUCCAAGCCACGAACCGGUGGUCGAGGAAGGCUUGUGA